AUGCUCGAGCGCAUCGGUAAGGAUAGCGACAACUCCGGCAAGUUUCAAAUACCGCAGGAAAUGUUGGUUAACAGCGAGGACGAACUUAUCCGAUUCAUUUAUCCGAACGUCGAAUCGCUUCAAGUCGAAAAGGAAGUCGCGAACAAACUAAUAAUGAGCGCGAGACGCGCCGACGUCAGGCGAUUAAACGACAAAAUUUUAAACAUGCUUCCGGGCGAAGAACGCGAGUAUUUGUCCGCCGACCAGUCGUUAGUCGAUAAUCCCGUAUUAGACGUACACGCGGCGAUACACGACGUCGCAUUCCUAAACGACGAAAAUCCUUCGGGAUUUCCUCCUCACAGGUUAAAGCUCAAAAAGCACUCUAUCGUCGUUCUAAUAAAAAAUGUAGACGUCAGACAGGGCCUGGCGAACGGUGCGCGCCUGUUCAUUACCGAUUUAGGCGAUAACAUAAUAUACUGUAAAAUCGCGGUAGGCCCUUACGAGGGAAGAACGUGCGCCCUGGCGAUGUUACCUUUCGUUUACGAGGACAAACGACCCGACGGUAACGGUCUUCACUUUAAAAGAACCCAAUUUCCCGUCGAUCUCGCCUACGCAUUGACGAUUAACAAAUCGCAAGGUCAGACCGUUAAUAAAGUUGCGUUGCUACUAACUUCUCCGCUAUUCAGUCACGGCCAGCUAUACGUGGCGAUGAGUCGAGUGCGUACUGCGUCCUCCAUUAGAAUUUUUACAAGCGAUCGCAAUUCUAAAGUACAAAAUAUCGUGGCGAAAAGUAUUUUCAAUUGA